AUGCCUAUAGACCAAACGCCAUAUUUCAAGGCGCACGUAAAAUCACUAACGAGCCGAGGCGUUGGCACUGCUGGGGAGAAUGACAUAGGAAAACAAGCGUUUGUGUCGUUUGGUGGCAUCAGCGUCUACUUGUAUACAGACGCCACUUCCUCCGUUGAUGCGCUGAUGCGUAUGGAUACAGUAAAGUCCGGCAGUAGUACUCAAACCAGCGUGCUUUGGCGCUCUUUUGCUGUUGCGGAUCCCAGCGUUUCUUCUCUUGCGUACAAAAAACUGGCGGCGCAUGCAUUUACACUUGGAAAAGACUUGGCUGAAUUUCGACAGGUGGUUUUAAGCCGACGCUGUGACUACCUGUCGUUCAAUUCGCCAACCCGUAUGAUGGAUGAACUUGAAAGGGAUGAGUUUGACAGAGACACUGAAAAAGCGUUGUCUCAAUUUGGUCUAGCCAUUCGUCGAUUUUCUGCUCAAACCGCUGGAGAUUUGCUGACGGCAAAGGAGGAAAAGAAGCAUUUGUCGAUUGUUGCCGAUUUGCUGAGCACUCAUCUGAAGCGCAUUGCGAAACUCGUAACUGAUAUGAGGUGA